GUUUUCUUUCCUUUUCCGGUUGGGCAAAAACGUUUACUGUUUCUACUGCUGUUUACUGUUUUUCAGCAUCGAAAUUCACUCUACUGAGAAGAAGAAAAAAACACCGCUUUUGACUUCCUGCGCGUGCUGUACACGAAGUAGCUUGACCUUCAUCACGUCCGCAGCGUUUCAGCGCUCGCAUCUGUACCUUUUUUGUUUCUUCUCUGUUACUUAGUACUCUCUACUUAGGUUACCAAAAAAAAGGUCCUUUUUGAACUGGCGUAUUCGCUUGAGUUUGGGGCCGUCUUCUGUUGGACUUCCUCAGUUUUUUUUCUUUUCUUUCUAGCUCACUGCCUUGCCGUUGGGCAACGUUUAUAUCUACACCUCCCGCGAGGCACUCUGUGCAGCGAGUAUCUUCGUCGUGUUGACGAGACCGCGCGUCUCGUUCUACUCGUUUUGCUUCCUCCUUUUGAUUUUCCUUUCUUUACUUGUUGUAUUGCCAACUCCGUGUAACUGUACUGUACCUUCUACCGUUUGGUUUGUCGCCUUCGACGAAGCUCACGGCUCACCAGAUAUCUGCCGCCUCCCCGAUACACUUAAAACAAAGAAGAAUAAGAGAGAAUGGGCUGCAAGAACAGCACGACGAAGAGCGCCAACGACAGGAAGGCCGCACCCGCAGCGAAUGCGCAGAAGCCGGCGAAGAAGCCCGCGGAGAAGCGGAGGGACGACGCGUCGGCUGCGGAUGCCUCGCACAUCACCGUCGACCCAACCCCGGCGGCGGUGACUUCCACCACGCCGACGCCGCCGGGGCCCGAUGCGGUGAAGGAGGACGAAAAGAGGAAGGAGGAGAAGCCGAACGCACCGGCUGCGGAGGAAGAGGCGGAGAAGAAGCCCGAGGAGGAGGAGGAGACCCCUGCUGCUGCUGCUCACCCUGAAAGCCGACAAGAGGAGAAGGCGGCGGCAGCGUCGGCUCCUACGGCCGCAGCGGCUGUGAAGCCUCUUGAUCAGGUGGCCACAGCCCCGGCGGAGGAAGCGGAGGAGGGGGAGGAGGACGCACCGUCCAACGAGCCCCGUUCCCGUCCCGCCGCCAGUCCCAUCCACCAAGAGAGCCAGACGCAGCGCGUGCGAGACCCCAACUCGACCUACGAUGGACCGGGGCCAGCGUCGAUGUUCCCCAUCGACAACAUCUACCGCUGCUUUGACGAGGAAAAGGGUCUGCUCUUCCGCCUCGUCAACAAAAAGCGACACCUGUGGGCCUUCUACAACGACACGACGGAGUAUCUGAUGCGCGUGUCCGUCACCUUCGGUCCCGAGAGCUCCGUCACCCCCCUCGAUGACACCGAGGCGACGAUCGUGAACGCCGAGACGGGCGAGUGCACGUUGGUGCUCGAGGUUCCACCGGGUGCGACGAAGCAGUUCAUGCGUGGCGAGUACAACGGCUUCACCACCUGCUACGACGCGACCCCGCUAGACAAUUUCGAGGAGACCCCAGGGGCGCCGAGAGAGGAGCCGGUGGCGCAGCAGCGGUAA